CACCCCGCGCAUCAAAACCCGAAUCUCCCAAUCGUGCUUUGCCUCUGGCGCAGCAUGACUCGGCUCCACGCUAAAGAGGGAUUGACCAGGCUGGAUGCGAAUAUGCGUCUUUCAGAAUGUGAUGAUCCCCUUUUGAGGUGCUGAUCGCGGCUGAUGGAGUGGGGGAGCUGGAUGACCUGCAGACCAGGCCUGGGAACGGGAUGCGCAAUCUGUGCGGGCAUUAAUCUGUUCAGAUGCCCAGGCCCGCACGUCUUUUCACCGCCCUUUGGUCCGGCCCUCUGGUCGAUCGUUGUUGCCUUGGGCCAGCAACAUUUGCUGGGGCUCGGGAAGGACCGAACUUGUCCUUUUCGGGAAGUUGUUUCAGGGGUUCAACUUGAUGCCCGCCUGGAAAAUCCGACUGCGCACCGAAGGAAUAUUUAUGUCCUCGGGUUUCGACCACUGGACUUAGAGCGUAAAGCAAAGAAACCAACACAUGGGUAUACUGGAAUGUGUAUAUACUAUUACCCUAGGCUACCACAAAUGUGAGCCUUGUCGCUCGCGAUGUUACAAUAAUCAUGUGCAUCA